UCAAUCGCUCCACGUCUCCCUCUCGCUCUCUCGCUCGCUCGCACGCACCUCCUCUUUCAUUGGCGCACAAUUCACGGGGCCGCUCGUCCUCCCACCCUCGCCCCCUCGAAGCGGAAGAUGACGGUCGGCGUCCUCGCUCUCCAGGGAUCUUUCAACGAACACAUCGCAGCGCUUCGGAGGCUCGGGGUGAAGGGAGUGGAGAUAAGGAAGCCGGAGCAACUGCAGGGCGUCAGCUCGCUGAUCAUCCCCGGCGGGGAGAGCACCACCAUGGCCAAGCUCGCCGACUUCCAUAACCUGUUCCCGGCUCUUCGAGAGUUUGUUAAGAUGGGAAAUCCUGUCUGGGGAACAUGCGCUGGUCUGAUAUUCCUGGCUGACAAAGUAACUGGACAAAAGGCAGGAGGACAAGAUCUUAUUGGAGGCCUACAUUGCACUGUCCACAGGAACUUUUUUGGCAGUCAGAUUCAGAGCUUUGAAGCAGAUCUUUCAGUUCCGGAGCUCGCAUCAAAGGAAGGAGGUCCUGAUACGUUCCGUGGAGUUUUUAUUCGAGCUCCUGCUGUACUUGAAGUAGGGCCAGAAGUUGAAGUGCUUGCUGACUAUCCAGUUCCGUCUGACAAACUGAUGGAUGAAGCUCAAGAGGAGAACAAAGGAUCUGAAAAGAAAGUAAUUGUAGCUCUCAGGCAAGGGAACUUGCUUGGGACUGCCUUCCAUCCAGAGUUGACAGCGGACUCACGAUGGCAUACGUACUUCCUUAAAAUGGCAAGCGAAAUCGAAGGAGGAGCCUCAAACAGCAUUGUGGCGGUCGAAGGAGGUGACUUGACUUUUGACCAACAGCCAAUGAACGAUCUUCCCAUAUUCCAAUAGUAUUUCACUUUCAUCUCGUUGACCCGGGAACGUUCUUUUCACAGUCAAAUUGGUUUCACUUAUAGGUGACUUUAUGAUGCUCGACCUCUCCUCAGGUCUUAGUUUUUCGGUCCAGCUUUAAUGUUUCCUCCUGCGUGCUGAACGUGUAUAUAAUGUUGCUUCGAAAUUUGGUUAUGUUGAUGUCCCGGUUGUAAAAGAAUAAGUUGAUGAAGCUUUACCAAUUCUGCGGGUUAACUGUGUGGGUAUCCAUUUUUAAAGCACUUAAGCUUUA